AUGGCGACGCUGGGGGGUGGCGGGACGCGAUGGCGGCGGGCCUGGCUGCCCGCCCUGCAGCUCCUGCGGCGCGGCUCCAAGGCGGUGACACGGCACUGGAAGGCCAUGCACUUCCAGCGGCAGAAGCUGAUGGCUGUCACCGAGUACCUGUCCCCCCGGCCGGCGCUGCCCCCGCGCUGCCUGCCCCGCCCCAGCACACAGGGACACCAGGAGGACGGCCAGGCGCGGGUGCUGCGGCGCCAGGUGGAGGAGACGCUGCGUGGCAGCCGCAUGGUGGCCGUGUGCCAGUACAACUCCAUGCCCGACGAGGACGUGGCCAUGUUCCGGCACUACCUGCGCAGGCACAACAUCCACGUCAAGUUCGUCCUCAACGAGAUUGUCCGGCCGGUUCUGGCGCAGUCCAAGUUCCGGAAUUUGCUGCCGCUGUUCGUGUGCCGGAACAUUCUGCUGGUGAGCCCGGAGCCGCGGGCCAGGGAGAUGCUGCGAGUGCUCAAGGGAGUGCCACAGGUCAACCUUCCAGGAGCCUGCAUCGACGACACGAUCCUGAGCCGGCGGGGAGUGGAGAACUUUGCCCAGCUGCCACCCCUGGAGGUGUCCCAGGGGCAGACGGUGGCAGCCCUGUCCCUGCUGUCCUCCCAGACCUCCUCCCUGCUCCAGCGGGGUCCAGCUCACCUCACGGCACUCCUGGAUGAGCACAUCCGACGGCUGCGGGACACGGGGGGAGCCACGGAGCCUCCCCCGGGCCAGAGCACCGGGAAUCAGUGACGCUGGAAACUGGGAACCAGUUCCUUCCCUGGCUGUGGGAUACAGGGAGCCCCCCCAGAUAAGGGAUUGGGGGAUCAUGGACACAAUUCCCAUGGAAUCAGCUCCAAAGAGGGGGGGGUCAGGGACUGGAGGUUUGCCACUGAGGGUCCUGUGGCCCCCCAGCCCUGACAGGGAGUCGUGGCCAUUCCUUUGUGCUUCUUUGGGAACAUCCCAGCAGCGUUCCAGCUGUGAUCAGGGAUCUCUGGGAUCAGCCAGAGGAGGAGGAGGAGCACGGGAUGGACCCUCCAGAGAAGAUUUUGGGCACUCUGUGCCUUCGGAAUGGGGGUGUGCUGGAACAGUGAUCCCACCCGUGGGAUCGCUGUCAUGUCCAUUAAAGCUUCUGUGUGGAGA